AUGGGGCACGGGCAGGCGUGUCGGAGGUGUGAGCGGGCGCAAGUCCCUUGCGUUUUCAUCCCCCGAGCCAAUGCUGCUCAUCCUCAAACCGUACGCGUGGGAGAACCGGCGGUUUCUCGGCAAGAUGAGGCUGCAUUGCCUCGUGAAGCCGCGAUUCUCCGCCGCCUCGAUCGCAUAGAAAGCCUGAUUGGCCUCGCCGAACCCAUCACGCCGGCGGAAGAAGAGAGCGGCGACCUGGGAGGCGAGCCCGACGAUUCGGCCUGGUCUUCGCUCUGGGCCACUGCACGCGCCCUUCAAGCCCGAUCGGCCGACCCCGGCAAUGUAGCGGCGUGGAAGCGAUCGACUAUCAAGCAGCUGUGGCAGUCAUACUACCAAUCCAUGCCGGCGCUGCACUUCAUGCCGGAGAAGCAGGUCUUCACCUCGACCCUGCCCAUCCUCAUGGCCGCCAUUCUCUCAUUCACAUCCAGCCGCGGCUCCGAGGACGUGGCAGUGCACUUCCCAGUCUACUACUCUUCCCUCUGCGCCGAGAUAUCCGCCCUCGUCAAUCCCUCGCACGACGACGCGCACGGAGAAGAGGCGUCCUUCCAGCGGAUUCUCGCCAUCACCUACGCCGCCCUACUCAGCGAAGGCCAUUGCAAAAUCACCGGCCUGUGGAUCUCCGUGGCGUAUCGUAUCCUGUUGGAGCAGUGUCCGCCCCGAGCCGCCCCGCAGUGGCAGAAGAUGUUUUGCGGCUUGCAGAUUGUCGAUCUCGAGCAUUGCUCCCUCCACUUGACUUGUCCAGGCAUUCCGUUCGAGACGACGCUGAGUGCAACGCGGGCUGCCGACGACCAACUCUCCGGCUUGUCGCGCAUGAUGCACGUCGGUCUGACGCACUUCUCCGGCCGUGGACUGCCUACCAUCUGGUCUUACGUCUCGAACACCCACCGCACAACUGCAUCCGAGUUGUUACCUUUCAGCGGCGUCGACGCAGCGGUCAUCCGCGACUGGGCGAGGCAACUGGAUGCCUGGCUAGCGCAUUUCAGCAUCGGCCCAUUUGAAAACGUGACAGAUCGCACCGCCGUGUACCGGCAGUACGUCACGCACCGUCUUUGCGUGUUAUCCAUCUACCUUCCCUCACGCCACUACAACCUCUUCUCUUCCGACGCCACUCCCGAGGAACGGCACGAGCUACUGGAAUCAGCGCGAACGACAAUCAAGCUUCACGCACAAGACACCUCCAUCUGGUCGAACUGGGACCUCAUCAUGAUCACUUGGGCAGCACUCAUCGUCCUGCAAGCCGUGAAAGGCAGAUACGGCCAACCCGCCGAUUUGCAAGCCAUCCGACUGCAUCUCCACCUCCUGCGCCGAACGCACGAGCCCGCGCCGAAUAUUCGCGAAAUGCUGGCCGCGCGGUUGGAGGAGGAGAUGAGGGACGUGAGGGAGGAGGAGGUUGUACAACCUGUUGUUGCUGUGUUGGAUGCGGAGAGCGCGCAUCUGCGCUAUCCGUGGGCUUUGUUUGAGGAGUCGAGUCUGCAGGCGGUGGAUCAGUGGAUUCCGAUGGGGGAAGGCUAUGGCGUGUGA